ACUAAUCACACGCACAAUGCCCAACAAGGUUGCCUACUUUGACAUCAGCAUCGGCGGACAGCCCGCCGGUCGCAUCGAGUUCGAGCUCUUCGACGACGUCGUGCCCAAGACCGCGGCCAACUUCGAGCACCUCUGCAUCGGCGACAAGAUCAACGAGAAGGGCACCAAGCUCACCUAUGUCGGCUCCUCCUUCCACCGGUGCAUCAAAGGCUUCAUGCUUCAGGGCGGUGACUUCACCCGCGGUGACGGCACUGGCGGGGAGUCGAUCUAUGGCGAGAAGUUUGCGGACGAGAACUUCACUCUCAAGCACGAGAAGCCGAUGUUGCUGUCGAUGGCCAACGCCGGCCCCAAUACAAACGGCUCGCAGUUCUUUAUCACCACUGUUCCCACCCCCCAUCUGGAUGGCAAGCACGUCGUCUUUGGUCGCGUGCGCUCGAACCGCGCGCUUGUUCGUCGUAUCGAGGACAUCCCCACCACGGCCUCUGACCGUCCUGAGGAGGAGGUGAAGAUCACCGGCGCUGGUGUGCUGGAUGCCGCCGAGGUGGAGAAGGAGGACGCCGAGCGUGCUCGCGCUGCCGAGGCUGCGGCUAAGGGGGGCGAGGAUGUCUUUGAAGAUUACCCUGCGGAUGAGGAGAAGGUUGACGCCGAGAAGGCCGAGGAAGCACUCAAGGUUGCUCAGACCCUCCGAGCCCUCGGCAACGCAGCCUUCAAGGCGGGAGAGAACACCGUCGCUCUGGCCAAGUACCAAAAGGCGCUGCGAUACCUCGACGUGCACCCGGAGCUGCCCAACGAUGCCGCCGCCGAGCUGGUCGAUGGCUUCCGCAGCACGAGGUUCCCGUGCCUCACGAAUGGGAGCCUGGUCGCGCUCAAGGUUAGCCCGCCUCAGGCCAAGCUGGCCGAGUCGCUUGCCAGCCGAGCGCUUAAUGUUGCCGACCUCACCGCCGCCGAGAAGGGUAAGGCCCUCUACCGGCGCGGUGCCGCUCGCGUCGCGCUGAAGGACCUGGAUGGCGCCGAGGCAGACCUUGCGGAGGCAAACAAGCUUGUGCCAGGCGACGGCGGUGUUACGAAGACUCUGGCAGAGGUGCGCGCCCAGAAGAAAGCUGCGCUCGACAAGCAGCGUGCGGCGUACUCCAAGAUGUUCGGAUAACAGACCGCGCAUGGACGGCAAACGAGGAAGUGUAUCGAUGUUAGCAUAGGAUAGACAGACUGCUGCGUGGAUGGCAUCUGCAUUGUGUUUCUACAUGACGGCUUGAUGUAUGGGUGGGAC